GAGAAGGGACGGAGGAGAGAGCGGGGGGAUGACUACACGAAAAGGAAAAAAAACAAAAAAAACAACAAUCAUGACUCCUGUAAUUCAUCCUACGUUUUUGUUUUAUAAAUCAUAAUGCUUUGUCUACUACACAGUAUGCCGCAAUAGAGCCAACCCGAUAAGUGUAAGCUGGCUUGAGAGAAAUGUCUUCUCCGGGCAUGGGCACCCCCAGUGACCCCCUUCUGGCCAGUCCAGGAGGGAGGUUGUCCGCAGCUCAGGAAGGUCUCUGGAGGAGCUCACUCCCCAAAACGGCCAGCUUCCCAACGUCCACAACUCGGCACCUCAGUCACCGGGCCAACAACUUCCAAAGACAGCCAAAACGUCGGAAGCUGAUAAGACCUUCACCGCCUCCUCCGCCCAACACACCCUGUCCCCUGGACCAGCUGGACCUCAGUGAGCUUCCCCCAAGACGUACCUUCCAAGAGCUGCUCUUUAACGGCUGCAUCCUGUUUGGUAUCGAAUUUAGUUAUGCCAUGGAAACGGCUUAUGUGACUCCCGUGCUACUACAGAUGGGCUUGCCUGAUCAAUUCUACAGUUUGGUGUGGUUUAUUAGCCCCAUACUGGGAUUCCUUGUUCAGCCUUUCCUUGGAGCAUGGAGUGAUCGUUGUACAUCCCGGUUUGGACGAAGGAGACCCUUUAUAUUUGCCUUGGCUAUUGGGGCUCUGUUUGGUCUAACCCUGGUGCUGAACGGGCGGGACAUUGGAGGUGUUAUAGCGGACACGGCAUCGAAUCAUAAGUGGGGAAUAGUCCUCACGGUGUGUGGUGUGGUUCUGAUGGACUUCAGUGCUGAUUCAGCCGACAACCCGAGCCAUGCCUACAUGAUGGAUGUGUGCAGCCCAGAGGACCAGGAUCGGGGGCUGAACAUCCAUGCACUACUGGCAGGACUAGGAGGUGGAUUUGGCUACAUUGUGGGUGGCAUCAACUGGGACCAGACACAAUUUGGAAGGUCGAUGGGAGGUCAACUGCGGGUCAUAUACAUGUUCACGAGUAUCACUUUGGUGUUCGCCACAGCCAUGACUCUGUUGAGUAUCCCCGAACGCCCCCUACCAAAGAAAAAAAACUCCAGCAAAACUCAUCUAAAAAGCCCCAGCCUCCCUCUUCCUCCCUCUCCCCCUGUUCCCCCAGGAUCAGCUUUAGGACUUUAUGAGGAAGACGAAGAUGGUCUUUACAGCUACAACUUCUCAAAGUCUCACCCAUAUAACUCGGACCCCCUUGCCCAUUCUUGCAGUGCCAAUGCACGCCUCUGUGCUGGCCUCACAAGCCCCAUAUCGCCCCUGAGCCCCCUCACUCCGAAAUAUGGCAGCUUUAUUAGCAGGGACAGCUCGCUCACUGGCAUCAAUGACUUUGCCUCUUCAUUAGGAACCUCCUAUAUAGACAGUGUGCUCAUAAACUGCUACACAGGUCAGCCGACUCUACAGGCCCUGGCAUCCAACUCCAGCACUGCGCCCCUGCCUCCAGGGGACUCCCCUCCUCCUGACCAGUCCACACAGGGGGCAGGGAGCCAUCCUGCAGGACAGACCCAGGCUGAUGUUGUCUCUCGUCCAGCUGGGGAAGCUCAGGAUGCGGAAGCGCCACAGGGGGAUGCACAAUCUCAGGUCACAGCUGGGGCUCACCCCGGUGCAGGGUCACAUCGGCGCUCUUCUGCUGGUAUCCUGAAGCGACCCCAGAGUCUUGCACUAAUGGAGGAGCCCAUGGCUACUCAGAUUGUUGGGAUGGACAAUGGACGCAGGAGAACAGUGACCUUCAGCCAGCAGGUUGCAAACAUUUUGCUGAAUGGGGUGCACUAUGAGAGUGAUCUGAGUGAGAAUGUGGACACAGGAGAAUCAAAGAUGUCAAUGAAGCUGCUGUGUAUAGCCAUCUACAGGAUGCCUCCCUCUCUGCGGAGUUUAUGCACUAAUCAUUUCCUGGGCUGGCUGUCAUUUGAAGGCAUGCUGCUCUUCUACACUGACUUCAUGGGGGAAGUUGUGUUUGAAGGAGACCCCAAGGCACCCCACGACUCUGAGGCUUACAAACGGUACAAUGCCGGCGUUAGCAUGGGCUGCUGGGGCAUGUGCAUCUAUGCAUUCAGUGCUGCUUUCUACUCAGCCAUAUUGGAGAAACUGGAGGAACGUUUCUCUGUUCGCACUCUAUAUUUUUUUGCCUACCUGGCGUUUGGUUUGGGCACGGGCCUGGCUACACUGUCCACCAACCUCUAUGUGGUACUUUCUCUCUGCGUCACCUAUGGGGUGCUCUUCUCUUCUCUAUGCACGCUGCCUUACUCUCUGCUGUGUGAAUACUACCAGAACCCUCAGUUUUGUGGCUCAUCAGAGGAAGGGACCAGACGAGGGAUGGGGGUGGACAUCUCUCUGCUCAGCUGCCAGUAUUUCCUGGCUCAGAUCCUGGUCUCUGUGGCGAUGGGACCUCUGACCUCACUGGUGGGUGGGGCCCAGGGAGUGAUGUACUUUGCAAGCCUGAUGUCAUUCGUGGGCUGCCUUUACUCCUCUCUCUGCAUGGUGUACCAGCUGCCCCCCCCUGAGGGUGAGCCCCCCGAUAGCGAGACCCAGCCACUACUGGUGCACAUUUAGAAAAGCCUCUUGAUUUACUUUACCUCAAACACACACACACACACACACACACACACACACACACAACACACACACACACACUUAACAGGCACACGCUCUCACACUGUCGCGUAGUGUCUGAGUGUGUUGACCUUCACAGCACUGAUAGGACAAACACACUGCACAUCCUGCCGCACACUGUACAGCACAAUUCCAUAUUAUCUUUCACACUAAUCAGCACUGCUCUUCUCAGAGCUAGACAGACAGACAGACAGACAUUGGCCACUGCUCUAAUGUGUGUAUACAUGAAUGUGUUCAUACAGUGUGUGCCCAUGCAUCUUUUCCUAACUUUUGCAAACGAAUGUGUGACCUUUUUGAAUGCAGUGUGUGUGUGUGUGUGUGUGUGUGUGUGUGUGUGUGUGUGUGUGUGUGUGUGUGUGUGUGUGUGAGAGAGAGAGUGAUUCUUUACCCUAAACUCUUGCAUCAUCUUUUCUUGCUUGUUGGUGUUUAGCAUAGAAAUGUUGAUCACUACGUACAGGCUAACCACAGCUUUCCCCCUGUUUUUCUUCCUUUUAUCAGUUGCCUAACGUCUGCAUGAGCUGCAAUGUAGUCUCUCGAAGCCUUGUUAUUAGCCUUGCUGUUAAUGUUUUGUUUUACGGCCAAGGGAAUGUCUACCUGCCUGUUUCUUUGAGUUAGCAUAUUAGCAUCACACCAUAGGUACUUAAUCGAGUACAAUGCUAAUUAAGUUCUUAAUCAGCAUAGAGCCAAGGCUAAUAGGAUGACACACAUACAUACGCUCAUACACAAACCUUCAAAAAACAGAGAGAUGUGUGCUGGUGGAAAACUCUGUCUGGGCCCUCACUAAGCCAUGGUACAGCCGUGAGCUGUCACCCUACUCCUGGCCAUGCCAUUGUAAUAAUGACAGUGAUUCUUGUCAUUAUCAGGAAGAGGAGAAGUUGAAACUGGGGUGUGAAUCAGCAUUCAGUCGGAAACCGAACAAAACAGAAGAACAGAAAACAGGGAGAAGACUAAAUGGGUAACCCUGAAGGUGGACACCAUUGAAAGAAAAGACUGUGGGGGUUCAUAGAGCCAGCAGCAAGUGCUUACUGUCAUCAUUAGGGCGCAUGCUUAAGGUAGUAGGCUUCUGCUCCACCGCACUCGGUUCAUCAACUCAGUAGUGUUAACCUUACUUUUGUUAGCCAACUUACUCACAGGAAGUCUCAAACUUAAUUCCUUUAUCCAUCCUAAAGAAGCCAUUUGCAUCAGGAUUUUUUUUUUUUUUACAUCUGUUGUGCCAUGGAAAACAGCAGUAUGCUUUGUCUGUUCAGCCUCAACACAGGCAUCAAGCCUGACUUCAGGGCUUUAACAAAAGGUUACCUUUACUAUAUAACCUGUUUAAGCCUACCAUAGUGAUGGCUUCAUUGACUGGCUCAAACACUGAAUACACCAACAUUAUGGUGCCAGUCUUAAUUGCUGCCUUAGCAGAAUGUCAAUUGCCUACAAUCGAAGUCUCCUGGACUGACUGGAUGCACGUCAUACUAAUGUUUCUGAGGAAACAGUAACUGUAUGAUCAUGAUGUUGCAGCUUGCUUGAGAAAAAAGUUUGUGUUGUAUGGUACCACCUAUUGCUCAAUAUUAGCAAUGUUACUGUAAAAGCUACUUUUAUUCAGGGUUCAGUUAAAACUAAAAUGAUCAUUU